AGAGAGGCUCUCAACUCCGCACUUGAUGAGGAAAUGUCAGCAAAUCCUAAAGUCUUCUUGAUGGGUGAAGAGGUUGGGGAAUAUCUAACCUUUAACCCUUCCAGCUCAUGUGAUGAAAAUAACAAUCGUUUAAAUCAGAGAACAUGACAUAUAUCAUGAUAACAAUGCCCCAUUGGUUUCUGAAAAACCUGUGUGGUUAAUGAGACGUUUUCCUUCUGAUGAAUGAUUUCAUUCACUUGGAGGGACAACUUCUUAGAGCUCAAACUGUGUCCCAACACACUGCAUGGUUCCAAUCCAAUUAAUGUGCUUUCACUGAACAAUCACAUGUUCUUAGGACAAUUUCAUCUUGAAGUCAAGAGUCACUGAACGAUCAUUGGUAUAUAAAGGAUCUAUAACAGCGUCGAGUCCGACGCCGUAGUUGGAGGUUGAUCGGUGACAUUGCAGAAGUGUCCUGCCUUAUAAUGUUGAAGAGGAACCGUUGCUGAACACCGUUUAAACCUUCCACCUCCAUCUUUUCCAUGCCGCCACCGCCAAGUUCCAGUGAACAAACUCUAGCUUAUUUUCCAGGUUAUAAUUGAUUCACAUCCUUUAAUAGUGGCUUUACUUGCAGCUUUGUUAUUUGGUGUGUGAUUGAAGCCACUUGGAGGAUUUAUGUGUUUUGGAUCUAAGAUUAGUGUAUUUGCAUACUCAAAUCUUUUGGACUACAAUGAUUCUGGAAAUGUGAGCUCAUUACGGAAGGUCGACCAUUUUCCACAUUAAGGUAAAUUUAUCCUCCUUCCCACAGAGCACGCUAUAGUUUUUCAUUUUUUUUUUAAUAUUCAAUUGCUUUUCUAACAUUUUACUUGUGCGGUUGUGUUUAUUAGCAGUAGAGAAAAUGCUAAAAGGAAUGCAUGUAUAGUUUUAUCAUCCUUGACAUGAUGAGUAACAAAGCCAGAAUGACAAGGUAGAUCUCAUCCAUUGUGGCUGGGGUUGAUUAAGUGAAGUUUGAAUUUGAGAGACGUGUUAUUUGGGUUAUGUUUUUAUUUACUUAGUAUUGGGAUUGUUUUUGUCAGGAUUACUAGGAUUACUGUUAGUGGUUUUUAAGUUGUGGUGUUUUUUUCAUGUUUAUUUUAUAGUUUCAAUAAUGUGUAUUGUUUCUGAAUUGGUUCUUAGUAGCAAAGCGAAACUGAGAAUAACAAGGUAUAUAGAUCUCUUCUCUUAUGAUUUGUUUUCUUUAGUUAGUAGUACCUAAUCAUUUAGGUCGACUAUAUAUUGUCAAUGAUUUUGUUUUUGUAUCAUAGAAGAGAUUGAAUUGAGCUUUUUUUUUUAUAUAUUUAGAUUUUGCUCCUUCGAAAGACUUUUUGUAUAUUUAUUAACUCGGUGGUGAUAUGAAAAAAAUAAAAGAGUUUAAAAAAAUAAUUUAAGAAAAUAAAAAAUAGAAAUGAAACAUAAUAAUCUAAUUUUGUUUUCCUCAUGUAACAAAAAAAAAUCUAAUUUUGUAUUUAGAGAUAUUAGAUGAAAUAUAGUGAACAAUAAUUAAAAUAAAAAACCAGUGAAAUUGAGUUGCAUCUGUUCAGAAUCAUUAUUUGUUAAGAGAGGAGGAUGGAGUGUGAGUCGACCGUGUUCUCUCCACAUGGAGAAGGCAGCUCAAAGCCGCCGGACGACGACACCCACGCACAACGAACAAGCUUCAGAGACAAACUCAUGGGGGGAAUCCCAGCCCCUCCUUCACAAAAGUUUGAGGACCUGAUUGAGAAUGGAACUAUGAAGGUGAUUUACGUAGAUGAUAAUCCACUGCUUCCCAGAAUAGUAGUGGAGAGAAGGGUGAUUGAUGAUAUGUGUUCCAUAUGGACGAAUGCACUGGUCGUUGCGUUAUUGGGGAAGCGAUUGGGAUACAAGCUGAUGAAGGCAAAGCUGACAAGCCUUUGGAAACUCUCUGGAGAUUUUGAUCUGAUAGAUGUAGACAAUGGCUUCUACAUGGUGAAGUUUGACAGAGAUGAGGAUAGAGAUAAGGUGAUGAGUGGCGGUCCCUGGAUGAUUUUUGACCACUACCUUGCGGUGGCGACCUGGAGCCCGGAGUUUAUUUCUCCAGCAGCAAGGGUCAAGAAAACUCUGGCAUGGAUACGCAUUCCGGGGCUGAAUGUAGCCUUCUACAAUGAAAGUUACCUGAUGUCAGCCGCCCGGGCAAUUGGCAAGCCAAUUAGGCUAGACAGAAACACUCUCAGGGCAGAUCGGGGCAGGUUUGCAAGAAUUUGUGUGGAACUUGAUUUGGAUAAGCCUGUGGUGGGUAAGAUUUGCCUGGAAGAUUACUGGUACAAGAUUGAGUAUGAGGGUUUGCAUGUGAUAUGCACCAAGUGUGGGUGCUAUGGCCAUAGAGCUUGUGAGUGCAAAGUGCAGGACAAACCGACGCCGAAUGGCAGUGUUUCGCCGGUGUCGGAAAAGGUGGCCGGAGCUCCGGGGGAGAAAACGGGGAACGAUGGCCAGGUGGGGCCCAUGGAGGAUCAAACGAUGGAGGGGACGUUACCAAAGGAAGCCGUUACAGAAGGAAUUAGUGCCAGCAGACCAAUCAUUGAUGAUGCGAUUCAGGUUGAGAAAAAUGGCAUUAACCCCAAUAAUGGGGCCGAAGGGGACCCACAUGGGCAAUGGUUGACGGUUACAAAAAGAAAAAAGCAAAACAAGAAGAAACCCAUUGAGCACGUGGCUAAGGUGGCGGCGGAAGUGCUACCAGUGAAGAAGAAAGGAAACGGAAGUCAAGGGAAAUUAAGAGUUAAUGAUGAGAAAGUUAAGGCUCAUGAUGUUAUGAAGAAGCAUAACGGAAUUCAAGGGAAGAAUAUUCCAGCAAGUCAAAGCAAUGAUGAAUGCAUAAUUAUUGGGGAGGCUUUAAAAGGGAAAUCUGUUGCUUCCCCAACGCCUCAAAUUUUCCAAUUUGGCAGUUCUAGUGGGCCCACCUUGGAUACGCAUAACAAGAAGCGGAGGCUAAGGGGGGAUGAUUGGGAUCGAGUGAUUUCAAAAGGGACAAGCAAUGAAAUGCAGCGGGACCCACUGCAAAUUCGAAACCAACACACGGGUGGACUGAGUGAGGACGUCAUGGAGAUGUCAGUUACGAUGGUAAAUGACUUGAAGCUCAUUAAUGUGGCAUCCGAAACAGGAGAAAGCCAGGAAAAAAAUUCAAAUGUUAUCAAUGAUGAACGGAAUCAUUGAAGCAGGGGCCUGGGGAUUAC